AACUAACGAUGGAAUGGACAACAAUUCGAUUGAAGAGCAAUUGUUGAGAACUUUCGAAGUUUUGCAAAGAUAUUGCUUUCCCAAGUGCCGUAAAGUCAAGUAUAUGGAUGAAAUAGCCAAGGACUUUCCACAGGGAGUGCUUAUUUCCGUGAGUGUCUCGGGCAAUCAUUGAUCAUAAACAAGUGGAGCAUGAUGGGAGAAGUGAUCCGCGUUUCUGGGAGGGCACCGGAUGUCGGUGACAUUCUGAAGGAGGCCAUGUUGUCGCAGAGGUUCGCUGAUGUGGCCCUGUGCUGUCCAGGAGGUCAGCGAUUCCUCGCGCAUCGUUUAGUUCUGUCAGCAGCCAGCUCUUAUCUUCAGGAGGUGUUACUUGCACACAGCAAAGUCACAGCUCAUUGUGAGCCGAUUACAGUGAUUCUGGCAGAGAUGGAGGCGCCGGAACUCGCGGCUCUUCUUGGCUUCGUCUACACUGGAAGCGCCUCUGUUCCACGGAUGCGAUUGGACGCGUUUCUGCGUGCUGCCGAGGCCCUGCGCAUCCGGCUUCCACCGGUGCCAGUGAUGACGACCUGCGGGGAACAAACAACGGACUGCAAGCUGGAAGAUAUCAAGGAUGUCAAAGUUAGCCCCAAAUACCUGCAGUGCGAUCAGUAUCCUUGGUACCGAUCGAAAAGAUUGUCUUACGAAGAUCCGUUUGACAGGAAGGAGUCAUAUAUUAGGAUAUUCCCCACAGACGACGUCAACAGAAAUGCGUUUAGGGAUAUUGGAGCGUUUCAUGAAGUUAACAAUCCUGGCCCAUCGUUCGGUCCUAGUUGUCCGAACUCGUGGCCAAUAGGUAGUUUCCUGCAUCAAGAUAGAGCAACAGGUGAUCCCUCCGCAGACAAAAAUCACAGCUUGAUACUUAAUGACAAGAAUCCGAUAAUAGCUCCUAGUAACGAAUCGUCCUUCAGUAUAUAUCAACGAGGUACGUGUCUUUCCGGAGGAUCGUCUUCGGAAGGAUACGCUGAUCCAGAUACUUUGGAAAAGAUCAGAACGAGAUACGAGAGAUUGCAUACGAGUUGCCCGUCGGAGAAGCUGAUAAUGAAUGAGGACGUCCUUGUGGAAGGAUCGGGAGGAGAGUCUUGUGGAACGACGCGGGACGAGUGUCCAUACCAGGGCACGAUGCCGUUGUCGUCCUUGCAGUGCGCGGCCGCCGCUACCAGCCAAACGAGGUCGUUCGAGAUGCUCGAUUACACCUCGCAGACUUCGGCGGGCGAGGAUCUCAGUUGCGGCGAAAGUUGUUGUAGGUGGAGAACCGCUCGCAGACACGUGGCAAAUCGCGUCACCGCGUCACCGUGGCGCCAGAUUGUUAGGCCCCAUCAUUCACCGAAAAACCCACGUCUCAUCCUUGUGCCUCAACGUCACGCCGAUGACGAAAUCCUUAAGAAGCUUCAGGCUUCGGAACCAACUCGAUCUACAGUAAUAUCGAGCUCAAAGCAUAUUGUUCAUUCUCCAAGAAGCGCACCUCGAAGCGACGGGCCCUGCCCUACGGUUUUCGAAGUUCCAAUCAGUUGCGAGACAAGCUUCAAUAAUGACUUGAGAUUAUCGCGCGAGAUAAUCGAUGGUCCGGAAGCGAAAAUUCAAGAGAUCUAUCGAUCACCAAUCUCAUUUGCACCUUCUGAUCAAAUCGCAAUGUCCGUGAACGUGACGAGAAGCAGUGAACAACCUCUCUUCCAGAACGUUAGCAAUACGCCUACGCAAUCAUUGUCUUCAAGCAACGACAGCGUUAUCACGAAUGCCGAAAAAGGUGGCGGAUAUCCGACGCAGGUAGUUCCGCAGACGCCGACGAAACCCGAAUUGUCGCAUCCGAUCAGUAGACUCUGCGACACAAUCGAGGCCGAUAAGAAGAAGAAGACGUCAAAGACGGAAGUGACGAACGUGGGAAAGGGCGGAGAAGAGAGAAUCGCGAGGAUUUUUGUUAACAGCGACAAUAACAAUAACAACGAGGCAAUCGUAAACACGGAGAUGGCGCAGCGUGGACGAUCGGUGGAUGACCACAGGUGUGAUCAGUGCGGAAAGACUUUCGUCACGAGGGCGUCGCUCAAGGUGCACAGCCGAACGCACUCCGGUGAAAAGCCGUUCCGCUGCGCCGACUGCGGCAAACAGUUUUCGCAGCUGCGCAAUUACAAGUACCAUCGCAGUGUGCACGAGGGCACGCGGGAGUUUGCCGCCACUUGUCCGGAAUGCGGCAAGUACUUCAACGACCGCGGCUACCUGAGCUCACACAUGAAGAUUCAUCGGAACCGCAAGGAGUAUGGCUGCACGGAAUGCGGGAAGAGCUUCAAUCAACGAGUGGCCUACAACAUGCACGUGCGCAUACACACGGGCGUGAAGCCGCACCAGUGCGAUCAGUGCGGAAAGGCGUUCUCGCGGAAGAUGCUGCUCAAGCAGCACCUGAGGACCCAUUCUGGCGAGCGACCGUAUCAAUGCCAGGUCUGCCAGAAAGCGUUCGCCGACCGCUCCAACAUGACCCUACACACUAGACUGCACUCCGGCUUGAAACCUUAUCAAUGCACCCUGUGCUCGAAGGCUUUCACUAAGAAGCAUCACCUGAAAACUCACCUUAAUUAUCAUACCGGUACCAAGCCGUAUUCCUGCACCAAUUGCGGUGGCAGGUUCUCGCAAAGUAGCAACAUGAGGACCCAUUUUAAAAAGUGCAUUGUUAACAAUACUGUCGGAAUGGCAACGAAAUCUGGUGAUGAAGCCGGCACUGAUCGCACCGAUGCCGACAGCAACAUAGCGCCGCAGGUGGUCCUAACUCCGCCCAACUCCGAUCAGGAAUCCAGUAUCCUGACACCGAUCUCGAAGAAUGCUGUCGCUAUAGAGAACAACACGUAGCGGUUUCUCCUACUCGAAAGACAGAAUCUCAUGAAUAUAAUAGCGAAGAAUAAUAUGAAAAUGUUAUUGUGGCCAAUCCAUCACCAUCUUUAUGGUGAUGAUAGAUAUUUGAUGGUAGAUAGUAUGCGAUACAUUUGUUGACUGUAAACCGACCCAAAACGCACUUUAUAAGUUUCAAGGACAUUUGUAAAUAAUUUCUAGGACGAAUCGAAUCACUUACGUCUGAAUUAACGUAGCGUUAUAAAAUUAUUGGAUAUUAAAAUUUCCUUCAAAUUACUGUUAAAAAAUGUGCAGCUUAUUU